UUUCUCGACUCUCACAUCAUCCUAAGCGCAAUCAUCAACCGAAGCACAAGAAAAAGGGUUUUCUUUGUUCUAUCUAUCCCGCUCUCUCUCUCUCUCUCUGCAACUCUCUACGAGAUCAUCCAUGGCCGGCCGUUUCGACUUUGGUUCUCGUCCCAAUCUCUCUGUCUCCAGUCCUCUCCAUGCUGCCAAUGAUGUUCAGGGAUCUGAAAAUCCAAUUCCUCUUUCACCACAGUGGCUUCUGCCUAAGCCAGGGGAGAGUAAGCAUGGAAUUGGAACUGGGGAGAACCAUUUCAGUCAUCAACCUGCUUAUGGGAAUCGCAUGGACACGAUGAAGGGAUCUGAGAAUUAUGAGGAUAUAAAUGACAUACAGAAGAAAAAAGAAGUUUUUAGGCCAUCCCUGACCGAUUCUGAAAUUGGUAGGCGUGACCGUUGGCAUGAUGAAGAAAGAGAAAAUAAUUCUUCAAUGCGUAAAGAUCGUUGGAGGGAUGGUGAGAAAGAGAUGGGUGAUAGUCGCAAGAUGGAUCGUUGGAAUGAAGACUCAUCCACAAGAGUCUUUAGAGAAUCUCGUCGAGGCCCAUCCGAACGAUGGUCUGAUUCAAACAAUCGGGAUAAUGUCCAUUAUGAUCAACGCCGUGAGAGCAAAUGGAAUACACGUUGGGGCCCUGAUGAUAAGGAAACUGAAGGCUUUCGUGAGAAGCGGCUGGACUCUGGAAGAGAUGGUGAUUUGCAUCUUGACAAAAAUUUAUCUCAUGUGUCCAAUUAUGGGAAAAAUGACAGAGAUGGAGAUCAUUAUCGCCCAUGGAGGUCUAAUUCCUCGCAGGUUCGAGGUAAGGGAGAUCCUCCUCACCAUCAAUCCCAAACUCCAAUUAAACAAGUCCCUGCAUUUUCCCAUCGUGGACGUGGAGACAACACACCUCCUACCUUCUCUUUAGGUCGUGGAAUCAUCAGUUCUGGUGUAAAUCCUACCAAUAGUAUUUAUUCAUCUUCUAAUUAUCUUGGAGCUUCUUCUGAGAAAUCUGGAAGAGAGCCUUACCACUACAAAUAUAGCAGAACAAAGUUGCUUGAUGUUUUCCGGACUACCAAUCUGACAUCACAGCAAACUCCAAAAGAUGGAUUUGUGCCCGUGCCUACUCUUACGCUGGAUGAACCUUUGGAGCCUCUUGCUCUUUGUGCACCAACUACGGAAGAAAUGACUUUCUUGAAGGGGAUUGAUAAAGGGGAAAUUGUCAGUAGUGGUGCACCUCAAGUGUCAAAGGAUGGUCGAAACUCAUCAGAAUUUAUGCAAACAAGACGAACAAAACUGAGCGUUUCACCUUCCUUAGGCAGUAGAGAGGAUUUACCUCAUGGCUUUGUUGAUGAUUACAACGAUGAUAAGGAUGACGGCACCACUAAACCUGGUCACACAAACUAUUCAGAGGUCUCUACUGAGAGGCAGGUGCCUUAUCACAGGCCCCAGUCAAAAAUUGAAGCCAUUCAGGAACACAUGACGCAUACUAGUAGCACCUUCAAAUCUGAAGCUUUCAGAGAAGAUAACAAUGCUAUGAGAAAAACAGAUGAGGUGCCUGUCAAUAGGGAAUCAAGUGUCAAGGGGGGUACCAAUGUUCAUCCUGGCAGCACGUGGGAUGCCUCAUCACUUGAGCAACCCCUGAAUACAUCCUUGCCUGAUCGGAGAGAAAAUCCUAAUAAUAUUAGCUCAGGAACUCCUGACAAGGGUUGGCUACAGUCUUCAAAGAAUCUUAAUGAUGGGUGGGGAAGUAACACAGCUACUCCAUCUUAUCCGAAGGAUAAUCCCAAAUGGCAGACCGGUGAAGAGUCUAUCAUCAGAAGACAGCUUUCAGGGAUUUUGGACAAGGAACAACUAGCAAGGAAAACUGUUCAAUCUGCUCCAGAGGAUUUGCAACUUCAUUACAUCGAUCCUUCUGGUGCAAUUCAGGGCCCUUUUAGUGGGGCUGACAUUAUUCAGUGGUUUGAGGGUGGGUAUUUUGGUUUAGAUUUGCCUGUCCGUCCCGUAAAUGCACCAAAUGACUUGCCAUUUGCAGCACUUGGUGAUGUUAUGCCUCAUUUACGAUCUAAAGCCAAGCCACCACCAGGAUUUAGUGGACCAAAGCAGAAUGAAUUUGCAGAUUCAUUAGGUAACGCUAGUUAUGGUAGCUUAGGAAAGCUUCAUACUGGCUUGAAUGAGAUAGAUACUAUGAGGAAUGAGACAAGGCAUAAACAUGGCUCAACGGUGGAAGCUGAAAACAGAUUUUUGGAGUCACUUAUGUCUGGUAAUAUAGGUUCUUCACCUCUCGAGAAAAAUGCCUUUUCUGAAGGUGUGCCAGGAUAUUUUGGAAAUAAUUCUAGUAGUCUGUCUUCGUUGGGAAUAGACAAUGGAAACAACCUUUUCUUGUUGGCCAAAAGAAUGGAACUAGAACGACAAAGGUCUUUGUCUAACCCUUAUGCAUUUUGGCCUGGAAUAGAUGCUACAUCCAAGGUUUCUAAGCCGGAUAUUGGCUUAGAUGAUCCAAUUCAGCAAGCCAAACUCUUGUCUUCAAUCAUAGACCAUUCUCGUCAAACUUCUCAUUCUCAAGGUGCUGACAUGUCAGCCAUUCUACAAGGCUUAUCUGACAAAGCACCUCCUGGCAUUAAUGACGUUGCUGGCUGGUCAAAAUUUGCUCAGUGUGCUCCUGAUCCUCUCCAAAGUAAACUUGACUUGCACCAUGAUCUUAACUUGUCUUCGCAGGCACCAUUUGGUUUCCAACAACAGAGAUUGCAACCACAGCCUUCCUUGACAAAUUUACUUGCUCAAGCUACUGAUAAUCCUACCUUAACUCCAGAUAAGUUUCUUCCUUCCAGCUUAUCUCAAGACCCACAACUAAUAAGUAAAUUGCAACAACAACACCUGUUGCAGUUGCAUUCUCAAGUGCCUUUCUCCGCACAACAAAUGUCAUUGUUGGACAAACUUUUAUUACUUAAGCAGCAGCAAAAACAAGAGGAGCAACAACAGUUAUUACAGCAACAGCAGUUGCUCUCGCAGGUUCUAUCAGAGCAUCAGUCACGACAGCAUUUUAUUGAUCCAUCUUUUGGACAGUUACAAGGUGCUCCUAUGCCUAUUGGAAAUGCAUCUACUGAUCCAGCUCAAGUCCAGCAAUCACGAGAGAAGUUUCAAAUUGGUUCACAGAAGCCCCUAAAUGUCGUAACUGAUCGUGCAGCUCCCUUCGGAAAUAUGGCUUUGCAAGUUACCCAGGGAGCCAGUUACAAUGUUAAUUUAGAAGACCCGCCGCUUGCUCUUCCACAUCAAAUGUUUGGAAAUGUUGUUCAGCAGAAGAGUUGGACUCCUGCACUCUCAGAGCAGCUUAAUGAUACUUGUCCAAAUGAUAUGUUACCUGGAUCUAAAGUUGCCGAGGGCUCACUUUUUCCUGGGUUGACUGCCCAAUCAAACGAGGAUGUGAAUCUUGUGCCAAAGUCAUCUGACAGCCACACUAGUAAAGCUUUGGAGCAGAUAGCAGAGGAUGUACCAAGGCUGGAUGCAACUGUCACAUCUCUUGCAUCUGAUGCUUUGGUAGAACCUCUUCCUCUCAAGACUGCUGAAAUCUCUGUUGCCAUACAACCAGCAGAAGUUCACGAUUUUGAAAUUUCCAUUCCCGAUAGUGUACCUGCUUUGAAGGUUCAAGAAGCUAGUAUGCCCGUGGAAAAACUUGAAAGGGAUGUAUGCAAAGAUGAGACCUCCUUGGAGACAGAACUGAAAAAUGUUGAAGUACAAGAACCUAGAAAAUCUUCUGAUAAGAAGACGAAGAAGCAAAAAUCUUCGAAGUUGCUUUCCUCAGACCAGGCAAAGGAUUCUAAGAGUUCUGCUAUUCAGCAGUUAAAACAAUCAAAAAGUGGGAAAUCAGAAAAUGAUUUGAAAUUGAAGGCAGAUAAUAUUGUAGGAAAAUCAAGUGAUACUUCUUCCUCUCCUCGGAAGAUCAGAGAUGGGGAUGGCAAAACUUCUGUUGUGGAUAGUCAGCCAGUUCAAAGCUCUGCCUCUGCUAUAAAUACCUGGAAUGAUGGUGAAACUAUUCAAAUGAAGGAUGAUGCCAGACUAGUUGGGUCUGACUCUGUGCUUAACUCACAAACGCAAUCUGGCCAAAGAGCUUGGAAAGUUGCUUCGAGUUUCAAGCCAAAGUCGUUAUUGGAAAUUCAGGAGGAAGAGCAGAAAAGGGCACAUACAGAAACUGCUGUAUCAGACAUUUCCACUUCUAUCAACUCUAUGAGUUUAUCGACUCCUUGGGCUGGGAUCGUGAGCAGUUCAGACCCUAAAACUUCCAGAGAAAUUCAUAAAGAUUCUGGGAUUUCAGAAUCAAGUGAGAAACAUGAAAAUUUAUUGACUUCAAGGAGUAGAAAGAGCCAAUUGCAUGAUCUGCUGGCGGAAGAUGAUAUGGAAAAGUCAACUGCAGGCGAUGUUCGUGUUUCUGACUCUGUACAGAUUGCUUCUUCUCCUCGUGUCAUGGCCACACAAGCAGAACCAUUGGAUGACAAUUUUAUUGAGGCAAAAGACACCAAAAAGAGCCGCAAGAAGUCCGCUAAGGCUAAGGGCGUUGGUACCAAGGCCACCCCUGCAGUCCCUUCUGCUGAUGUGGUUGCUUCAAGUCCUAUUGAGAAAGGGAAAAUCUCCCGCCAGACCCAGCAGGAGAAGGAAGCAAUGCCUGCCAUUCCUUCUGGACCUUCUUUUGGUGAUUUUGUUCUGUGGAAGGGAGAAACUGCUAACGUGGCCCCUCCUCCAGCAUGGUCCAGUGACUCUGGGAAGGUCCCAAAACCCACAUCUUUGAGGGAUAUUCAGAAGGAGCAGGGAAGAAAAAUCUCUGCUGCUCAGCAUUCUCAUCAAAACCCUACUCCCCAGAAGGCUCAGCCUACUCAGGCUGGUCGUAGCAGCAGCACCAGUACUCCUUCCUGGGCUCUCUCGGCAUCUUCUCCAUCAAAGGCUGCAUCAUCCCCCCUUCAGAAUAUUCCUACUCAGUCAAAACAUGGAGGCGAUGAUGACUUAUUUUGGGGCCCCAUUGAGGCAAAGCAAGAAAAUCAGCAGGUUGAUGUCCGCCUUGGGAGCCACGGCAGCUGGGGAAAUAGGAGCGCCUCUGCAAAAGCAGUAGCAUCGACUGGGUUGUUAAGCCGGCAAAAAUCAUCUGGUGGCAAAGCUGACUAUCUUUCAUCCUCACCUGCACAGUCGUCUCAGAAAGGCAAACAAGAUCCAGUUACCAAGCACUCAGAAGCUAUGGGCUUCCGUGAUUGGUGUGAGAGUGAAUGUGUACGGCUCAUUGGGACAAAAGACACAAGUUUUCUGGAAUUCUGCUUGAAGCAAUCAAGAUCCGAGGCAGAGCUUUUUUUGAUAGAGAACCUUGGAUCAUAUGAUCCUGACCAUGACUUCAUCGAUCAAUUCCUCAAUUACAAGGAGUUGCUCCCAGCAGAUGUUCUUGAAAUUGCAUUUCAAAGUCGCAACGAUAGGAAGGUAUCUGCUAUAGCUUCCCGAGAAGUAAAUUCUGGCAAUGCUGGUGGGGAUGUGGACCCUGAUGUCCCUCUUGGCCGUGAUGGGUCCGCAAAGAGUGGAGGAAAGAAGAAAGGAAAGAAAGGGAAGAAGGUUAGUCCAUCAGUUUUGGGUUUCAAUGUAGUUAGUAACCGAAUCAUGAUGGGUGAGAUUCAGACGGUUGAAGAUUAGGAGAGAGAGAGAGAGAGAGAGAGAGAGAGCAGCUUUGGAGGCAAAUGUAAAUACAUGACAUCCAACUUUCUGUAAAUGGAUUUUUUUGUACCUCAACACCCCCCCCCCCGGAAAAAACAUCACAGAGAUGCAGCAGCAGUGACUAUUUUUGUCCGUCUGCUCGACGAUUUUGACAAUUAACUGUCCUGUCUUCCUAGGUUUGUUGUUAUUGUGUCUGUUACAAACAUUUUUGAGUUGGAUUUAACCUAACCGAGGUAAUUUAUUCUUGUGUUUCACUUCC